AUGGCCGCCCUGCUGCAGUUGCUGGCGGUGGUGGUGGAUGCACCAGGCGGCGGGCGACGCGAUGUUGAACACCAUCUGCAUCAGCCGGUCCGCCCCAGCCCAACCCAGCGGCGCCUUGUCACCCUAGCAACCUCCAAAUAUCAAGAGCUUAUAGCUCAAAUCCGGCAGAAUUUCAAUGCUCGUGGCCCAGCCACGGGCCGAAUCAAGGUCCCACGGGACACCCAUGCCGAUAUGGAUCCAUUGGUAGCACAUAUUCCUUUGUACCGCCCAGAGCCGCGAAGUACCUUUAGACGCUUAGAAACCCUUCGACCCUCAUGCUUGUUCAUUGUAGGCGAGGCCACAUUUUUGAACAUCGAUGAGAUCCAUGAAGGUGUCAGGAUAUGUGGAUCGGGUAUCGGUGGGAGUGGAGGAGUGUCUGAGGGGAGGGUUAAAGAGGUGAUUCUAACUGGACUGGGGCACUUGAUGCCGUUCCAGGAAGUCAAGACUGUGGCAGAGACAUGUGUGACUUGGCUGCAGCAGGAAAUGCAUCGAUUCCAGCGAAUGGAAAGAAAGUGGGAAGAUGGAAGAAAAGGGAUUAGUCAUUUGAUAGUAGAAAAGAACUGGUACAAGGUCCUGAAACCCAUAUCUAGUGGACGUGGUAAAGGCCAGAGAAAGGAGAAGCUCUAG